UAUAUGAGAUGAAGGAGGUGAUAUCGAAAGGCGGAGAGAGAAAGAGAAAGAGAUGGGUUGCAUCGUGAAUCUCAACGGCGCAGCAGCCGCAUCACUUCGUUUGCCCACUCCGACUGAAGGCGACAAGAAGGAGCGUGGAUUUUGUUGUUUUCCCCGACGCCACCGUCGCCAUCAUCAGUUCCGACCUCCUUCCGCUCCAACCGCUACCAAUUCCCGUUCCCAUUCUCUGACCGUCACCAAUGAAGCGCUCAAUGUUAUGAUUUCUGGGGCUCCCGCUUCUGGCAAAGGCACUCAGUGCCACCUCAUCGCCGACAAGUACGGUUUGGUGCAUAUUGCUGCUGGAGAUUUACUUAGGGCAGAAAUUGCCACAGGAAGUGAAAAUGGAAAGCGAGCCAAGCAGUAUAUGGAGCAGGGGCAGUUGGUCCCUGACGAAAUUGUUGUCAUGAUGGUCAAGGAUCGUCUCUUGAAACCAGAUUCUAAAGAACGUGGUUGGCUUUUGGAUGGUUAUCCCAGGAGCUUGUCUCAGGCCACUGCACUGAAGGGAUUUGGGUUUGAGCCUCAUACUUUUCUUCUUCUAGAGGUUUCUGAAGAUUUGCUUGUGGAGAGAGUAGUUGGACGGAGACUAGAUCCUGUUACUGGGAAGAUAUAUCACUUGAAGUAUUCUCCUCCAGAGACAGAAGAAAUAGCUGCAAGGCUUACCCAACGCUUUGAUGAUACUGAAGAAAAGGUGAAGUUGCGAUUGAACACCCAUCAUCAAAAUGUGGAGUCCGUCCUUGCCCUGUAUAAAGAUAUAACUGUUAAGAUUAAUGGAAAUGUCUCAAAGGAGGAAGUAUUUGCUCAAAUUGAUAGUGUACUGACAAGUCUUGUAGAGCAAAGGAAGGCUGCUUCAGGAUCUGUGGCAGCAUAGAAAUCCAUCUUUUGACUUUUUCGUAUAGCAUGGAGCAUUGGUGGUGAUAGUAGAUUCGAUGUUAUUUAUUUAGUCAUAAGAGUCUUCAUUCAAAUUUCUCGUGAAGAUUAUCUCACGGCUUUAUACCACUCCAUUUGGAAAGCAGUGUGAUGAUUGGUUUGGACCAUGAACGAGGACCUGUGGCAGUGUAGUGCGCAGAAUAUUUUCCAAGUGUUUUUUUUUUUUUUUUUGAGAAAUGAUUACCAUAAAAUCGAUUUCAUGUAAUGGCUAGCUUAUAAAUGGAGGAUUUUGUGAAUUAUCA